AUGAGCUGUACAGCAAGAGCAGCCUCCUCUCUCCCACCCACCCCCAGUGGAAGGAGGAAAGAAGGAGGGGAGGUGGAGAGCCGACCGGCCAGCCAGCCAGUCAGCCAGCGCAGGGAGGUGGGGGCCCCACUCUGGAGGAGCUCUCACACGGAUGCUGUUUGGUGCAGGAUUGGCCUCGCUCUAUUCCCGGCUGCUGCUGUCCAUGCUCUCCCCGGCGCCCCACCAGGAUUAAAGCCCCUCCAACACCUCUCCCCGGAUCUUGCUGCUCCCAUCACCACCAUGUGGCCCCCCCGGAAUGUUCCCCGCGCCAUGGCCGAGCGCAGCCAGACCCGAAUUGGAACCCGGUGA